CAAGUCAUCUCUUCUCACAUCUAUGGCGGUUUCAUCAUCCCUUCCUCGACUAUUUUCAAAAUCUUUAACCUUUUUCCCUUCACAUCCUCACCACCUUUCCAUUCUUUAUUCAUUUCCAUUUAGAAAACUCAACGUCCUUCAUUUUAAAACCUCAUGAUUUGACUUUAAAUGUUCCUAUAAUAUUUCUGCUACUUGUCUUCAGAAUCACUCUGUCAAUCCUUGACACUUUGUAUGGUGUCUUUGGUGUUCUCUUAAGAUCAUUGAAGAGGUUGUCUAAUUCUUUGGCUAGUUCCAUGUUCUCUUCAAAUCACUGAAGAGGUUGUCUAAUUCUUUGGUUAGUUGUAUACUCUUUUCUAGCCAGUUUCUAUGUUCUGAUUCUAUUUUCCUCUCCCUUUCAACCUAUUGGCCAUCUCUCUCUCUCUCUCUCUCUCUGUUUUUUUAAAUCGGAACUGCAAAGUCUUGUUGGUUUUCUGGUUGGAUUUUAGCUGAAGUGUGAUUCUGGAGGUGUGAUUUUGGCUGAUUAUCAUCAAUCAUUGAAGUUUUGAAGGUAUGGAUUUCCUGGAUUCAAGAAGAAAGAGCAAUUCUACUGGAAAAGUUAUUGCAGUUGCAUUCUUCAUUGCAGUAUGCAUUGUCAUGCUCAAGCAAGUGUACUCACCUAAUUAUACCAGCCCCGACAUGUUCUCCCAACAUGAGCUAGGCGUAACGCACGUGUUGGUGACUGGAGGUGCUGGUUACAUAGGUUCUCACGCUGCACUUCGACUCUUGAAGGAUUCAUACCGAGUAACUAUAGUGGACAAUCUUUCUCGAGGGAAUCUCGGUGCGGUUAAAGUUCUUCAAGAGCUAUUUCCAGAGCCUGGGAGAUUGCAGUUCAUAUAUGCUGACCUAGGAGAUGCAAAAGCUGUAAACAAAAUCUUUGCCGAAAAUGCAUUUGAUGCUGCGAUGCAUUUUGCUGCUGUUGCAUAUGUUGGUGAAAGUACAAUUGAGCCCCUUAGAUAUUAUCACAAUAUCACAUCAAAUACCUUGGUUGUCUUGGAAGCAAUGGCUGCACAUAAUGUGAAGACAUUAAUCUAUUCGAGCACUUGUGCAACGUACGGAGAACCUAUUAAGAUGCCGAUUAGAGAAGAAACUCCUCAGCUUCCAAUCAACCCCUAUGGAAAAGCAAAGAAAAUGGCAGAAGAUAUCAUAAUUGACUUCUCCAACACCACUGACAUGGCUGUCAUGAUCCUAAGAUACUUCAAUGUUAUUGGGUCUGACCCAGAAGGAAGAUUAGGGGAAGCUCCACGACCUGAGCUUCGUGAGCAUGGCCGAAUCUCUGGUGCUUGUUUUGAUGCAGCUCGAGGGAUAAUACCUGGACUCAAGGUUAAAGGGACAGACUAUAAAACAGCUGAUGGCACAUGUGUACGCGACUAUAUCGAUGUCACUGACCUGGUUGAUGCCCAUGUGAAAGCUCUUGCCCACGCCAAACCUCGGAAAGUUGGCAUUUACAAUGUUGGAACUGGAAAAGGCAGAUCAGUGAAGGAGUUUGUUGAUGCGUGUAAGAAGGCAACAGGCGUGGACAUAAAGGUUGAAUACCUUGAUCGCCGGCCAGGAGACUAUGCUGAGGUCUUCAGUGAUCCUUCCAAAAUACAACAGGAGCUAAACUGGACAGCUCAAUAUACUGACCUUCAGAAGAGUUUACAGAAUGCUUGGAAAUGGCAGAAGUCACAUUUGAAUGGCUAUGGACACAGUUGAUUCUGCUAGUAACCUUUGCGGAGUCGCCUAAUUGAGUUCAAGCAUGCAUUUCUUUUCUGCCAGGAAGAUAGCACACAGGAUUUUGAUGGUCCGAGAAGCUGCAGGAAAAUUCUAUAAUGUGAAGAGCCUGAUAUAGUUGACAAUAUCGAUACAUAGAUGUAUACGUACGAUCUCUUGUCAGUAUAAAAUGCCAUUAAUAUAGCUGGAAUAAAAUUACAUGUAUCAUUGUACUCCUGCAAACAUUUUUCAUCAAUUUUGUACUUCUACUUAAUAGUAUGUUAAAACUUGUAAAUGUUGCCCCUAUAUUUUUCAAAAAAACAUUCUUAAAUGUAACGGUAUAUCGCUAUUCAAAAUC